AUGGCAUUGAGUGGAAACUGUAGGACUAACCCUACGUCCAAAGACCAAGGAUCUGUUCAGAAUAGUUUCCCAGAUGUUGUAGAAUUAAACGUUGGGGGACAGGUGUAUUACACACGUCAUGCAACGUUAGUAAGCACCCCGAAUUCCUUGCUGGGAAAAAUAUUCUCACCCAAGAAAGAUGCCACUAACGACUUGGCGCGGGACCCUAAGGGACGCUAUUUUAUCGACAGAGAUGGAUUUUUAUUUCGAUAUGUUCUGGACUUCCUCAGAGACAAACAAGUUGUACUGCCCGACCAUUUUCCAGAGAAGGGGAGGCUUAGGAAAGAGGCGGAGUACUUUCAGUUGUCAGACAUGGUCAAACUAUUGACCCCCGAAGAUUUAAAACACAGUCCAGACGAAUACUUCCACAGUGAUUUUGAAGAUGGUUCUCAUGGCAGCGACCACAAGAUGUGUCCGCCGUCAUCACUGGUCCCGGCGGACAGAAAAAGUGGGUUCAUUACAGUUGGUUACAGGGGCUCUUGCACAGUGGGCAGAGAGAGUCAAACUGACGCCAAAUUCAGAAGGGUCCCGCGGAUUUUGAUUUGUGGGAGGGUCGCGUUAGCCAAGGAAGUUUUUGGCGAGACCUUGAAUGAGAGUCGAGACCCAGACAGGACACCGGAUCGAUAUACUUCCAGGUUUUACCUGAAGUUCAAACACCUUGAGAGAUCAUUUGACAUCCUGUCAGAGUGUGGUUUCCAGAUGGUUGCCUGUAACUCUUCAGUCACAGCGUCCUCCGUGAAUCGACACACAGAGGACAAGAUCUGGUCAAGUUACACUGAAUACAUCUUCUAUCGUGGCACCUCUCGGUGGUCUUCCCCGCCCUGCGACUGCUGCUGCAAGAACCACAAGGGAGAGGGCGAGAGCGGCACCUCCUUCAACGAGCUCUCCACCUCAAGCUCCGAGAGCCAGUCAGAGGCCAGCUCACCCCACGGCACCGUUAUCUGUGGGCCGGUGAGCCAGCAGUCCCACGUCCAUGUCCAGACCCUGGACCGGCCGCUGAAGAAGGGCCCGGUGCAGAUGCUGCAGCAGUCAGAGCAGCGCAGGAAGAGUGAUCUCCUCCGAACACUCACUGCCAGCUCCCGAGAUACCAGCACCUGCAAGAAGAGGCCGGCCAAGGAGAAGAUGACCAUUGAGGAGGAGCUGGAGAAGUGCAUCCAGGACUUCCGCAAGAUCAAGAUCCCCGAGCGCUUCCCGGAGAGGAAGUACAUGUGGCAGGCAGAUCUACUGAGGAAGUACCGUCUCUGA